GUGACAGCUGCGCACUCGGCCGUCCCACGGUGUCUCUUUGUAGGGAUUAAUGCGUGGAACAACCUUAACAUCCUGGUUUGUCCACUGGAGGCCAGUUGAUCUGUGUCUCCGCCGGGGGAAUCACGUGUGUGGCGUGAGAGUGAGUGUUUUCGUGACUUCAUGGCGGUGAACUGGCAACGACACCAGGCCCAACUUGAAUAGCUCAGCGCUUCACUGCAGCAAGGUGGACCGGCGCGAGAGGAGGCACGGCGGCGGCGGCGGCGGCGCGCAUCAUCCCUCCGAGCUGCACAGGAUGUUUUAAGUGCUGAACAAUUUCAAGGCGCAAGGCCAUCCACCCUGCGCCGCUGCCGAACUGCGUCACCGCAUGUAAGAGUUGCAGGUAAGCAACAAAGUCUCUCACCGCCGGGAGAAGAGCAUGCUCGUCAUUCUACUCGUCGCCGGUGAGUGUUUAACAAUUUACCGGGGAUGGAUUCGGCGGAUGAUUCAAACAAAGACCCGCCUCUGGUGUCCACAUUCUCCUCAGCACCAAAUUUAGACUCGGACAUAAACGCAAAUGCCUGCAGGCCUGUUUAUGAGAAUGGGACCGAUCACAAUGUCAACAUACAAGACGCGGCCCUGCGAGGAGCCAGUGACCCGAGCGCGUACCCCUCCUCAGAUUACCGGGGACUCAUCCGCCAGAGGUUCAUCCGGCGCAGUUUGUGGGUGUCAGACUCCGAGGAGCAUCCGCUAGACGCGCCGGAGUGUGUCAGCAGCAGGACCCCGGUGCUCAGCAUUAACCUUCGCACCAUUGUUGAUCGAAGUCGGACCCGGGUUCUGAACGGAACCCGCCUGGGUCUCCAGGAGACCUCCAGCACGGAGAGCCAGGCGGAACUCAAGGAGAGCGCCACAGAGAGCGUGAGCGCGGACGAGGAGAAGGCGGAGGGGAGCGAGACCGAGCGCAAGGCUGAGGAGGUGGUGGCCGCGGAUGUCACAGGUAAAGCAGGAAGUGACGAGAACGAAGAGGAGCCAGGGAUGAAGGCCGUGUCCACCUCACCUGGAGGCCGCUUCCUCAAGUUUGACAUUGAGCUGGGCAGAGGUUCCUUCAAGACGGUCUACAAAGGUCUGGACACUGACACCUGGGUGGAAGUGGCGUGGUGUGAACUCCAGGAGCGGAAACUGUCCAAAGCCGAGCGACAGAGGUUCAAGGAGGAGGCCGAGAUGUUGAAGGCUCUUCAGCAUCCCAACAUUGUUCGAUUUUAUGACUUCUGGGAAUCGCCGGUGAAGGGGAGGAAGUGUAUCGUUCUGGUGACGGAGCUAAUGACCUCAGGGACACUAAAAACGUAUCUGAAACGCUUCAAGGUGAUGAAACCUAAGGUUCUUAGGAGCUGGUGCAGACAGAUUCUCAAAGGCCUGCACUUCCUCCACACGCGGACUCCUCCCAUCAUCCACCGAGACCUCAAGUGUGACAACAUCUUCAUCACUGGCCCCACGGGCUCUGUCAAAAUAGGAGACCUGGGCUUGGCGACGCUGAAGAGGGCGUCGUUCGCUAAAAGUGUUAUUGGCACACCAGAGUUCAUGGCCCCUGAGAUGUAUGAGGAGCACUACGAUGAGGCUGUGGACGUCUAUGCCUUUGGCAUGUGUAUGUUGGAGAUGGCCACCUCAGAAUAUCCCUACUCCGAGUGCCAGAAUGCUGCACAAAUCUACCGCAAAGUCACCAGCGGGGUGAAACCUGCAAGCUUCAGCAAAGUCAGUGACCCUGAAAUUAAGGAAAUAAUCAGCGAGUGUAUCUGUCACAGGUGGGAAGAAAGGUACUCCAUCAAGGACCUCCUGAAUCAUGCCUUCUUUGCAGAGGACACAGGCGUCAGAGUGGAGCUCAAUGAAGAAGACGAUGGAAACAAAUCGUCCAUCGCUCUCAAGCUGUGGGUUGAGGAUCCUAAGAAGUUGAAAGGAAAAUACAAGGAUUCGGGUGCCAUUGAGUUUACCUUCGACUUGGUGAAUGAGGUGCCAGAGGUUGUCGCCCAAGAAAUGGUGGAAUCGGGUUUCUUCCUGGACUGCGACGUCAAGAUAGUGGCGAAGUCCAUCCGUGACCGUGUGGCUCUCAUCAAGUGGAGGAGAGAGCGGACUUUCUCGUCAGGAAACGGUGAGAUGCAGCAGAACCUACUGCAGGUGCCCAGCACUGGUGUGCCACAGGAAGCCACGUUAGCUACCACGGAUUAUGAAGACCAAGAGAUGGAGCAGCAACCUCUGAUCUGCAGUGUGCCUGUCACCACAUCAACAACAUCUGACAGUGGAGGGAGUUCUACCAUGCCUUCAGAUGUUCUUAACAAUCAGCUAAAUGGGACCUACCAGUCUCUCCCAGAGCCCAUUGCCACAGUUCAGAUCAUUUGCAGUCCUCCUGCACAGUCUGACCCUCAGCUGCACCAGGGGCCCUACCAGCAACCCGCGGGUCAACUGCAUCUUGGGGCUUAUCAACACACUGCAGCACAACUGCACCAGGAGGCGUAUCAGUCUCAAACAACCGUUUCUGAUCCUACACCAGCCCCUUCUGUGCUCCAGAGUAGACAGACAACACAGAGCUUCCCAGCUGCAGCGUCCGCCCUACAGACGCAGGUUACUCUGCAACCCAGCCAGGAGCAGUGCCAUCUUCAGCCAGUUGCUGUUCUGCCCCAGUGCUUCUCUGCUGACCCGUCAACAUCUCAUCUCAGCCAUCCUGACAUAUCUGCCACUUUUCCACACUCAGUCUCCAGUGCUCCUCCCCCACUCCGGGUCAGUGCACAGUUUCCCUCAUACCCUGUUGUUCAAACAGGGGGCUACAGUCCCCAUCCCUUCUUCUCAGCUCCUUUGCCAUCUGCCUACAGUGGCGGUGGCCGUUUUAUAACUAGCACCUACUACUCACCUUCGCCUCUCCAUCCCUCCCUCCCUCUGAACCCUCAUGCCACCUUGCCUUGCUCUACACCUCCUCUAGGCAGCCCUCAGUCUCCUCUGUCCACGCCUCAACACAUACCCAUAGUGGCACUCCCAAUCCCAAUCCUAACCAUGACCAUGUCCCCGGGAGUGCCACAGCAGCAGGGUGGCCUUGCUACAUCUCAGCCAAACAUCUGUAGCUUCCAUACCACACAUCCCUUACCUUUCUCCCAGGUACGAACCACCUCAUUCCCCGCCCCUCACCCUGAGCAGGAACUUGCUGAGCAGCCUGUCCAGGUUCAGACGACUGUUCCACAGGGGACUUUGGGAGAUGUUCAGCUGUUGGCUCCAGUUCAGCCUGUCUUGCAUGCUGUUCAAAGUCCUCUCUGGGGAGAUGCCGAAAGCACUGCAGCUAGCCUAGAAUUAACUGCAGCUCCUCCUCCAGUUCAAGCUCCAGCCUCAAUCUCAGUCGCAGCUACAAUACAAGUUGAAUCCCGAGUACUGGCACAAACUCCGCCUCUUGUCCCAGCACAAAACCAACCAACAGACGCAGUAUCUACAACUCCAACGCCAAUCCUUGUUAAGGCCACAACUUCAGUCCCAGUACAGGUUCCUAUAACAGCACCAGCUCCAGCCUCGGCCCCAAUUCAAGCACCAGUCAUUGCAUCUGGUCCCACUUUUGAACCACCAAAAGUCACUUGUACAAGCUCAGACUCAUCAUCUUUGAUCAGUAAACCCCAGCACUCAGUAGCAGGUUUGGUCUUCGCCCCGGUCCCUGUCACCCUGCCAGUCUCAGUGAAAUCUGCAGCCUCCGCUCCGCCUCCUGUCGUGGCUUCCGUCCCAGCUCUGCAGCCUGCUGCAACCCAAACAGCAAUCUCAUCGCCUGAGGGUGCCAGCCUGGCCAUAACUCAGCAAAACACGGAACUGACAAUUACAUCUAGCACCUUUCAACAAGACAUUAGUGUAGAGGAAGUACUUCAAGAAACAUCAGUGUUGUUACCCAACUAUGCGUAUGACAGCGUCAACUCUGAUGUGACGUCUGGUAGGGAAACAAGUGACGGCUGUGAGAGCUUGGUCAGUGGUGGGAAGGGCGACGGAAAACCCAGGAAACACCACCGCAAGUCCGCCCGUACACGUUCACGGCAAGAAAAGACCAGCAAACCCAAACUGAGCAUAAUCAAUGUUUGUAACACUGGCGAUAAAAUGGUUGAAUGUCAGCUGGAGACUCACAAUCACAAAAUGGUGACAUUCAAGUUUGAUCUGGAUGGAGACGCUCCAGAGGAAAUUGCCACGUACAUGGUGGAGAAUGGGUUUAUUCUACUGUUGGAGAAGGAAAUCUUUAUUGACCAGCUCAAGGACAUUGUGGAUAAAGCCGAGGACAUGCUGCAUGAGGACAUAGAAGGUGAAAAGGCGUCCACCUUGAGUUGCAGUCCUCAGCAGGGCAGUCUGUCUGAGGGCCUGGUGGGAGAGAGUCAGCAGCUUGGGACACCACAGCCGGUCUAUCAGCAGAACGUUCUUCACACAGGGAAAAGAUGGUUCAUAAUCUGCCCUGUAGAAGAAACACCCACGUCCAGCCAGGAGACACCGUCUGAUGGCACAAAUGCACAGUCACCUGGGAGUUCAACCACAACCCAGGCUGCUGACAGUGGCACCGCAAGGCCGUCUGUGUCCAGAGAAGAGGGGUCGUCCUCGACAAUGUCUGGUGGGAGUGGGGGCUUCUCCUAUGAAGUAUAUGGAUUCUGCAGCCCUCCAAUUAUGUCCAACACAGACCCACUCAUUUUGGCCAUGCUGUCACCUCCUGUCUCUGCUCCUCCAACCCUUCAAUCUGUAUCUUCAGUGGAGCUGGCUGGCAGCUCCGUGCAGCCAAGUGUGCAGCAGGCCCAGCCAGCCCGGGCUCCAACACUGCCCCCUUCAUCCCCACUCAGAUCUCUCCCACUGAACGAGGCACAGGGAUCCCCUCUGGGUGCCAACUCCCCGGUUCAUUCUGCUCAGCCAAUGCCUGAAAUGAUAAGCCCCAUGUCCAUAGCUGAGGAGGUUCCCUGUUGCCCACUGGUCAUGCAACUAUCUCUGGAUGUGAGCGGUUCACGGGCUGGGUCUCCUCUCACCCCGCUGCCACUCCAGGAGCCAGAUUCAGGCAAAGAGCCACUGUCUGUUGCCUACGCCUCCACAGCACGUGGGGAUCUACCACAGCAGCCUGUGGUGCUCCACCAGCCUUUUUCCAGCAUGGGAGGAACCAAAGUGUCCUCACUACCACAGAGCCCAGCGCCCUCGCAGCACGGUGCAGGGCCGGGCGAGUCGGAUGGCGAGGGACGGCUGGGACGUGGGGGCUUUGUGGACAGCACCAUAAAAACACUGGAUGAGAAGCUAAGGAACUUGCUCUACCAAGAAUAUGCUCCCAUGUAUCCGUCAGGCAGUGCGGCAGAGACACCGGGCUCCUGCACCGAGUACAUCCAAUCACCUCCUGGUCCAGACAGCGCCACGGGAGGGUCAGGAAACAGCACACCAGGGCCAAUGGGGGAAGGACGCUACAGGACAGGAGAACAGCUGCCUCAAAUUCCUGAGCGAAUGGACAGUUUGAGCACACAGAGUGACUCGGCCGUGUGUGCGUCCAUGUCCAGAAGGCAAGUCCCUCAUUCCGUUUCCUGCUCUGGUACAAGAGGUCGAUUCAAGAUAAUCUCUGUUCCUCCUGAAGUGGCCAACAGACGAGGCGUAAAACAGAGGAGUUGGGGCAACGCGGCCUCCCCAGUGCACCCUGCAAGAUACAGUCAAGAACACGUUCAGGCUGAGGCGAUGGUAGCCUCCACUACGAUUGGCCGUUUCUCAGUGGUGAGCACCGAGGACGACAUCACGCAGAGGACGCGCUGCAGCCGCUACUCUGCCCCGCCGGAUUUCUACCUGGACACGCCUCCUUCCAUGGCCAAGCGCGGUUCCCUGCCUCGCGCCCUGACCUCGUCCUCCGUCCCCGUGGACGUCACCGUCCAUGCUCGCUUCCUCUCGUCAGACUCGGGGGCGGAGAGUAGCCCCGCGAAGCUGGCUGCUGCCACCCCGUCUCACCGGCCUCGCUCUGAGCGCAGAGGAAGUGACCUCAUGAAGCGGGCAGUGGCCUUCCUCCGUCGCUCAGGGCGGAGCAGCAGUGUGCAGAGCUCUGACUCACCGAGCAGGCAUGGAGGUGUGCACGGCUCAGCCUAUGGCAGCAGUGACAACGACUCAGAGAUGGAGGACACGGACAUGAAGAGGGAACUACAAAGACUUAGGGAAAAACAUCUGAGGGAAAUCUCUGAGCUGCAGGCCCAUCAGCGGGGAGAGGUGGAACUGCUGUAUCACCGGCUUGGCAAAGCCCCCCCUCCUGGCCUGGGUGUCUCUCAUGUUGCGCCACAUAACGGCCGUAGAAAGAGGUCCAGCAGGCACAAGCUGAAGCCUGGCAAACUUCUCAGCCCUCUGGUUCAACAAUUUCGAAAUGUCACAGCCAAAGCCAGCGACUCCAGCAGAUCCAGUACAGUUGAGCCUACACUAAGUUUAAAUGGCUCUCCAGCCAGGGGGUCUUUACCCACUCACGGCAGGGCACAAUCGUGCACGAGCCACAUUCCAAGAUCAGCUUUAGAGCCGGUGCUGACUCAGCAGCCCUGUUCCCUCAAGGGCUCUUUGUCUUCGGAUAAUAUUUACACUGGACUGCAAGGAGAUGGCACAGGCACACAAGCUCCACUUGUACAAGGCUGGUCUAAUUAUCCUCAACCACCUGAGAGAGUGACCAAUAAAUCCAGUAGCAAGCCACGCACUAGAUUUCUCAGUGGGCCUGUGUCUUUGUCUAUCUGGUCAACACUGAAGCGACUGUGUAUUGGCAAAGAGCGUGGCAGUAGGUCUGCAGCCGGAUCAGCCACUUUCAAUCAACCACAGCAGCCGCCCACUGGUUCCACACCUCCACCUCCUCCUCAGCAGUCAGUGAUGGGCCUGGCUCAAGCUCAAGCAAAUAACAGCAACAACAAGACAGGCACGUACACCGGAGGGUCCACGAGUGCCAAUGAAAGAGACCUGCCAGAAGACCUGCAGCGGCUCAUGGACGACUGGGCUCAAGAUGUUCUUAUCGUUACCCACACGCCACGCACUAACUCUCUGAGCAUCAGUGGGCAGCGGCCGUGGGACCAGGUCAUGCACAGACCUCUGGUUAGUGUUUCAGAUGUAUCAUCAUCAUGGACUGCCCCUGGUCCAGAGGCCUACAGUCUGCCCCUGUCAUGGCCCGACAGUCCCAGGUCAGGAAUGAUGACCAGCCCGUCCACAGGACCCCUCCCCAGCUAUCACCUUCACUCUCCCGGCCCGUUAAGGGUCUUGUCCGCCUUCCCUCUCCCCUCAGGAGUUUUUGCCUUUCCUGCUGUGCCCUCAACCCAGGACACGCCCAGCCCCGCACCUUCUCCAUCAUAUCGGCCACCUCAAUCUAGAGCCAGGACUCUAUAAUCUGAGUAGCAUUGUGUCUUCCAACUGUAGAACCAAAAACAAUCAUUAUACUUCUAGUAAGUCUUAUGUGCAUAUACAGUAUAUAUUUAACCAGCAUGUAUGUAACCAUAUGUACAUACUCAUCUCUAUUCUUGAGUUCUUGUUUUUUUUUUUUGUUUAUUUGCAUCAACAUACCUCAUGUCCAUACAGUGCAUAACCCUGAUGUGCAGUGUAAUGGUAGAAGUACAUUUAAAGAUGUAUAGUUAGGCUUCAAAGUGUAGAUUUUCACCAUUGCUCACAUGUAAAUGUACAUAAUGUACUGUUCAUCCAUGCUUUGUUCAUAUAAAUAGCUCACGUUUGUGUUAACUCAUAUCAUUCCUACACAUAAGCGGACGUGUGUAUAUAGGAAGUGUCAUUUGUACAUAGCUCCUGUCUUUGUACAGUUAACAUUAAGUAAUAUGUAGGUUGGUGCUGCAGCGACAGAAUGUGUCUUAAUGCAACACCCUGUUAGCCACCAUCAUGCCGUCACUGUGAAGACUUGACAUUGUGGUCACUAGGACCAUUUUUGCUUCUAUUCUCUGUUCUCAAAAGUCCAAGGACGGGUUUCAUUCCUCAUAGAUGAAAAAAUGCUUCCAGCACAAGCGCUUGAAAUAUCCUUGAGAGAUUUGAGUGAACUUGAACUUUAUCUUCAGGUGCAAAGAGAAUCACCUGUGAGAGUGCCUUGAAUUGCAGUUUCAGUUUUCUGAUGAGAAGCAUUUAGGUUCAAACGCAGACAGUAGAUAAGCAGUAAUACGCUUUCACCUUCGAAAAGGUAAAUGAUGGGAUUUGAAUCAUGAAUGUGGAUUUAUUUACGCAAACCUACAUCGCAUAAUCUGGUCACGUCGCUAGGGUUGGGUACCGGUACAGUACCGGUAUCUGGAAUUCAGUACCGGUAGGUACCAUAUUCUGGUACUUUUAAAAUGUUUUAGUGUACAGCUUAGCUAACAUCAGCAGAGACAAAAAAGCCUCUUCAGCUUUUAAAGAAAUCCUGCGUUUGACCAGGUGCUUCAUCAGGUCUAAUUGUGUGAAAUGCAGCCACACUUUCGACCGCUUUCGGUCAUUAUUGCUGUCGUGCAAGUGAACCAAUACUCGGUAGUACAAGUACAAGUACAAAAAGUACCAACUUUUGGUACCCAACCCUACACGCCGCAGCUCAUAAAAUAUAUCAGAUUGUAAGAAUAAACUAGUUAGGUUAUUUAAUAUCUUACCUGAAAGGGUUUUUUGUAGGAUUACUUUGGCAACUGCAUGAAUACACUGAUAUUCUGAAUGUGCACAGGUCGACGUGGUGAGUCACAAGACAAAUGUUGUUCAGAGGAACUGGCAUUGACACCAUACAACAAGCAGGGCUGAAGGACUCGUCGUCCGAGUCAAAUUGGUACUCAUCCCAUACCUCUCUCUCUCUACCCUCUACUAAUGCAAUCUGUAGCUUUAUAUAUCGUUGCCUUUGUGGGUUUUUAAGAGAUUACUGUGUGGCUGGUGUGCAAAUAUACUCCGAGGACGAUACAGGCACAGUCGUGAAGAAUGUGAAUUACUUAGAGGCCACAACGGGACAUUUGUAUCACAAACAGUUUUUGUAAUAAUUAGGUGAAAUAUUUAUCAUCGCUGGCUUCAAUUAACAAAUAUUGGACAAUCACUGUUUCAGUAAUCGUCUCCAAAAGCAACACUUUCUUGUAUGGCCUCUUUAAUUCCCUCGGAUUAAUUGUUUGUUGAGUACAUGAGUGAUUUCAUGAUUACAGUUGAUAGGUGGGUCAGCCAUUAUACUGAGACGAAACUUGACUUAUUUUUGUGUCUUUUUUUCCCCCCGACUCACAAUUGUAACUCACCUUUUUCAGUUAAAAAGUGAAAAAUCUGGGAGGUUUAUCUCAUGCCACAGGACAUUUGGGGACAAGAAGCGUAUUUCACAUCUUUCACAUCAUACAAAAUGUUAUUUGAAAUGUUUAGAAGCCUUCCCCCCCCCCCCCCAAGAGUGACGAUAUAAACACUUUUUUGGCACAGGCUAAGUAGUGCCUCUUGUGGAGAAUAAGUAGUAGUAUAGUGCCCCUACAAAAUGUCUCUAUGUUUGCACAAUAUGACAGUUUUUUUUUGUCUCAACGGCACAAUCAUAAUUCAAAAUGACAGGUUUUUUUCCUAAGAACAUUUCCUUUGCAGCUAUUUAAGUUGUGCUUUACGCAGUAGACACUCGCCAUGAAAGCUCUUUGUAUGUUUGCUUUUGCCUGCUGUAUCACCUCUCCUGACCUCGUCAGAUCAGUAUUCUUUAACAACAAAAAAAAACAGAAGCUGUACAUGCUUGUAGACUGUAAUAAUAAAUCAAUUUUUGCUCGACACCA